UGCACAGUGAAGGGUGCAGCCAUUAUUUUUUGGUGUUUCACUGUUAACUACACGUUGUAGACUAAGCAGACAAAUAUAUGUAUAUAUGAAUAUACAUAUGAUGCGGCGCUUUUUAUUUUUUUGCCAAGCACUUCUUUGACUCUUUCUAAGAUGAGACUGCAGAGGCACUUUUUGGGGAACUGCGCUCGGGAAGCGUGAGGAGAGCGUGCGUCUCUGUUAGUGCGUAGUUUUGAACCGCACCAUAAGACGGAACCUAAACAUUAUUAACCCGCUCUAUUUGAGUCCCAGUGCAGUGAUGGACGUAUCGCUGAAAGCCGAGCCAUCUGAAAGUGUUAUGCCUCUAUCCUGCGAGGAAAGUCCAGCUGCAACUGAGUCGAGUGCGAGCGUUUCCUCCGCAAUUGCGGCUCAUCAGGUCGAGCAGCUUAAGGAGCCGACUCCUGUGUUACUUUACCCCAUCAGCAUAAACAGUGCUGUAUCUGUAUUUAGAGACCAGAAGGUGCCCCAUGUUGUUAGCAGGGAGGAAGCAAGAAAAGGUACUGCGGUACGGGGCUACCCUGAAGCGGUGUCUACUUCAUCUGAGUUCACCCACCGUGCUAUCGUGCACCUCAUUGAAGCAAUGCAUCGUUGCUGGGACAUAUAUGGCUCCCACGAACGCUCUCGUCUCUUCCAGAAUGUCCAGAGUGAGCUGGAGAACCUUGGCCACUUGCUGCCGGUAGAAAAGAUCAGAAGAAAAUGGAACAACCUUAUUGUCACGUACAAGAGAGUAAAAGAGCGCAGCAGGUUGGGCAGGGGCCAGGCCAAGACCUCAUGGGAAUAUUAUGAGAUGAUGGACAAAGUGUUGGGAAAAACUAAGAUCAAUCAGAGUGACCCUGCUUCAGCCACUCUUGUUGGAUUUGCAUCUACAGCUAAAACAACUGUAAGACCCGAAGAGCACCAGCCUCACAGUGUGUCUGUUGCUGCAGUAGCAACCCCUUGUUUACUCCCUAGUGCUCUUUUUACCACACCUUCUUCAAUUCCUACGCUGGUGACAUCCCCACUGUUGUGUAACUCAACCCCAAACCCAAGCCCUGCAUGCAGUACUGACAGUUCCAUACCCACUGAUUCCCCCAAAUCUGCUUCCAAGAUCACAAGACAGCCACUGAAACGGAGGUUUCGUCAUCUUCCGCUUGGCUCAGUGGCAUCUCGCUUUGCACAUCAGCAGGGACAUGCAGGUGAGCGUACUGCCCUGCUACGGAAUUUCCUCACCAGUCACGAAGAACGUGCUCGUCUGGAUGAGCAGCGCCAACGCAAAAAGGAUGCUCGUGAGCGGCGCCAGGAAAGAACAAUGAGUAGCAUGGCUGAAGCAAUGGGAAGGAUGGCAACAGCUCUGGAGUUAAUCUCAUCCAAGCAGGACACCAUCAUUGCCCUGCUCCAGAGACUGUCUGAUAAGCAUUAAGGAGCCAAUCAAAGGAAGAUUUUUUUUAAAGAUGAUUUGAGUCAGAUGGACCUAUGUAUGUGUACACGAUGUUGUUUUUGCAUUAAUUGUUGGAUAUUGAUUACAAGUAAAUUAAAAAGUGUCACAGUUUUCUUUUUCUUUUUAGCAUUUUCAUUACUUUUUAAGAAUACUACAUGGACGGUACUGCUACAUAUGCAGUAUCACCACCUUGUUCUGACUUUCUAUUCAAUAUAUACAGCAUAUGUGAUUACAAUAAUUUUAGAAUAAAGUCUGCAUUUACUGUUUUUGGUGAAACUUACCUUGUUUAAGUUGUGCUAAUGAGUAAGUUGAGCUGUACCUUUUAAAUGUGAGCAAAUAAAAAUGCAGUUAUUGGUUUUCUUAAA